AUGAGGAUUUUAGCAUCGACGGAUACGAUGGCUCCGGAUUCGACAAACACUAUCAACUCCCUAAAGGACAAACACCCUCCCGCUCCGUUAGACAGAAAACCAAGUCCCAACAAAGAAUCGACAAGCGUUACAGUUAAUCCCCAACAAAUUAUGUUGUGCUUGAGGCAGUUUCCAAAAGGAACCUCAGGAGGUAGAGAUGGCCUAACCCCACAGCAUUUAAGGGAUUUAACGCAUGAUAAAAUAGAAACAGCAGAACUUAUCAGCGCCAUGACCGAUUUUAUCAAUCUGCUGUUGAGUGGCGUUUGUCCACCCGAGGUAGUUCCAUACUUGUUUGGCGGGAGAUUGGUGGCCUUAAUUGAGAUGAAUGAUCUAAAAUUUUUGGGUUCGAUAGUUUGUAGAGGAAAACGCCAUGAUAAUUUUUGGGCUGAAAAGCUGAAGGAUUUUAAACAUAUUAUGUCAAUGAUGACGGAGAUUGGCAAGCAUGACGCCCUUGUCCUGUUGACGCAGGCAGCAUUCAUUCUAAGGCUGUCAUACUUUUUACGUACAUCUCCUGGCCCGUCUCAACAAAAGUCAGAUGAAUUCAACAACGAACUACGCAUGGGUUUUCAGAAGAUAUUUAAUGUGUUUUUUGAUGAUAAAGGUUGGAAGCAGGCUAUAUUGCCGGUAAAUAUGGGUGGACUGGGUUUGGGUGUUGUGGCCGAGUUGGCACCGUCAGCAUUUUUGUCAUCGGCCGCGGCCACGGCAGCCCUCCAGGAUAAAAUCUUACCAAUGGAUGUAGCAUACCAGGAUGAUUUGAGACUUGAAACAUUUCGGCGUUGGUGCACGGUUUACGGAGAUAUAAUGGACAUAAAUGUGUGUUCGCAGAAGAAAUGGAAUGAACCAUCUUUGAAUGUUUCAAAAUCGAAACUGGAGGAAUUAAAUGACUCUCCCUCAGAUAAGGCCAGGUUGAUGGCCGUCAGAAGUGAAUUGGGGUCUGCUUGGCUAAGGGUCAUUCCCAGUACAGCUUGUGGUACAAGGCUCGACAAUGGUUACAGAUGCUUGUUUGGGGCGGAUGUUUUUCAAUUGGGUCACCAUGGUUUAUCGUGUAGGCUUGGUUCAGGAAGACAAGCAAGACACUCUGCCAUGAAUGAUUAUAUAUGCAAAUUAUUCCAGAAAGCAGAUAUACCCGCCGUUAAGGAACCAGCAGGCCUACUAUCUGAAAGCAACUUCAGGCCAGAUGGUUACACCCUGGUACCAUGGUCCCAAGGUUGUUGUUUAUCAUGGGAUGUGACGUUCCCUCACACGUUAGCCGAAAGGUACAUCAAUUACACGGCUAUGGAGCAAGGUUCCGCCGCGGUGAAAGCUGCUGAUUUCAAAAAUACUAAGUAUAAAGAUUUAAACGACAAUACGAGAGUUUUUGUUCCGAUCUGUGUGGAGACAUUUGGCUCAGUGGAUAAGCAGACACAAUUAUUUUUUGAUAACAUUGCUACUAAAAUAGUUGAAAAAUCUGGUGAUCCCAAUGAUAAAAUUUAUAUAAAGCAAAAUAUAUCGUUGUUGUUACAAAAGUUUAAUUCAUUUUGUAUUUUAGAGAACAUUGCUAAGUGCCCUUCUGUGCGAGACCCUGUACACUAA